CAUUCCCAUUGGUCAUUGUCCUCUGAGGCCUGAGCCCAGCACUAAAAGGAAAAGCCCUCAUUCAGAGCAAACUUGAAGCUGAAAAUGGCGAACACUCUCGUAACCAGAGCCGCAACCGAUCGGAACCUAAACAGCAUCUUCAAACUUUCAUUGAACUUCUUCAGAAGCUUCAGUACUGAAUCGCCUUCACCUCCUUCCCCAAGCCCUAGCGCUUCGAAGAAACCCAAACGCAAAAAGAAGAAAAACCUGUUCGAGGUGGCUCAGUUUCUGCCCAACUGGGGUCUUGGCUACCACAUGGCCAAAACUCACUGGACUGGGGUCUCAUACGAGAUCACUAAAAUUAAUCUCUACAAGGAUGGUAGACAUGGCAAGGCAUGGGGAAUCGUACACAAGGAAGGCUUGGCAGCGGCUGAUGCUCCCAAGAAAAUAAGUGGAGUCCACAAGCGGUGUUGGAAGUACAUCCCGAACUUAACCAAAUCAUUAGGAAGUGAGCCAAGCAUGGCUAAACCAUCAGAAAAUGUUUCAAAAGAUAAUGCUCAAGCUGCUUGAUGAAAUUCCAUUUGUGUUAUAGGUACCUUUUUGGAUUUUAUUAAUUGUCUUUUAUUAGCUCAGUUGCCUAUUUUACGCACCAUUGUAACAUCCAGGUUCUUUGAAACUAGAGAAUUUUGGCGAUGCAAAUUGUUGUCAUGGAUUAGUUUGAGGCCAGAAUAGUUUUCUAUGAGAUUUCUUAUCUUUUGCGGGUCCUAGUGCUGUUUGUUUUAGAUGGGACCAGGUUCUUUCAGAAUUGAUAUCCAAUAACCAGUGCGUUAGCGCCAGCUUAAGGCAUCAUGCAGGCUUAGAUCUGGAUUUUAGUUUUGGGUUCUUGGAAUAUUUUUGUAUCUUGUCCCUAAAAUUAUUUACUUUACAUGUAUUCUUUUUUUUUU